AUGACAUUUAACUUUCAGGAUGAUAUAAGGAGAACUCCGCCAGCACUACCUCCGGCCAGUCUAAAAAACCGUAUUAAUCCAUUUUAUUCGAGAUCAUCCUUGUCGAAUUACCGAUUUCCGCCUGCCGUCUAUGCUCUUUAUCCUAGCUUAUUACCAAAGGAUAACGCAAGCUUGUAUUGCUCACAAGCUUCGCUACAAUUCCAGAGCACAUGUGUACAGGGGAAAAAAUUACGAUACGACCUAAAGAAUUUCUGUCAGGAGUAUGCAGACACAUGCGCGGUACCGAACAACAACAAUUAUCCGGAUGGUUCUGAUGGACGACCGUAUGGACACGGCCAGAAGCAAACAGGCGGCGCGGUGGGUGUUGGAAGCAGUUAUGCUCUAGGACUCGGUCCGGUACCCGGUUUUGAGGUAGUCAGCAGCCAGGGCGUCGAUGUCGGUCCUGUGCCUGGUUUGGAUGAGAUUGGGGGCUUGGUAGUGAACCGAGGUGCUGAACUUGGCAUUCUUGGCGAACGCAUCGGGCCUGGUCCAGCGAGAACGAUUGAUGGACUGGAACGAGGUUUUCCGUCGCUUGAUCCAUUGUCGCCGACAAAUCAUGUUGCCAGUGCUGAAUUCCAGAAAUCCAUUCUUCGCUCUCUUGGUCUGGGCAAUUUACCCGGAUUAGGAAGAUUAUUUGGUGGACGAUCAUCAGGAAAGCCAAAAGGGCCGAGAAUACGUGGCUACGAGCCAGGCUAUGGAGCUGUGAACAAGAAAGCGUUAAUAGCAACUGGUAAAACGGAUACCGAUUCAGUAGCGCUGCCUGCGAUUGUUGGCGAGCUAGAACUGAACAAAGGUGUCGGACUGGGCAUCGGAUAG